UUACCAUCGACUUCUUUUCUUUUGCUCCCCGCGAAGCGUCGCCGCCGGCCUGCGUAGGAGGGGGGCGGCGAUAAUGGAGAUAGACUCCGACGCCACGGCCUCCUCGAGGACGAAUAGCUUCGGCGGUGGCCGGACGGUGAAGGUGAUCCCAUUCCAGCAUGCGUCGCCGUCGCCGCCGCUGCCACAGCCGUCGGCGACGCUGGUGGCCAGAUGGGGGGCGAAGCUCCGGGUGAUGACGGCCAUCGAGUGGAUGGAGCUCUUCCUCCCGUGCUCCCGCUGGAUCCGGACCUACCGAUGGCGGGAUUGCCUCCAGGUCGACCUCAUGUCCGGCCUCACCGUCGGCGUCAUGCUCGUCCCUCAGGCAAUGUCAUAUGCCAAGUUAGCAGGGCUUCAUCCAAUAUAUGGGCUUUAUUCAGGGUUUGUUCCAAUAUUUGUUUAUGCUAUUUUUGGAUCAUCACGUCAACUGGCAGUGGGUCCAGUGGCGUUAGUAUCACUCUUGGUAUCUAAUGUCUUGAGCCACAUUGUUGAUCCUUCUAAUGAGCUGUACACUGAACUUGCCAUAUUAUUGGCACUGAUGGUUGGCGUAUUGGAAUGUCUUAUGGGUUUGCUAAGGCUUGGGUGGCUUAUUCGUUUUAUUAGUCAUUCUGUAAUAUCUGGCUUCACUACUGCUUCAGCCAUUUCAAUCACCUUGUCUCAAGCCAAAUACUUCUUGGGGUACAAUAUAGUACGAAGCAGCAAAAUUAUACCACUAAUCAGAAGUAUAAUUGCUGGAUCUGGUGAUUUCUCAUGGCCACCCUUUGUGAUGGGAUCAAUUUUUCUUGCAAUUCUUCUCCUGAUGAAACACUUGGGUAAAUCCAAGAAGUGUUUGCGAUCUCUAAGGGCAGCUGGUCCCCUUGCAGCAGUUGUACUUGGCACAACUUUUGUGAAAAUAUUUCAUCCAUCUUCAAUUUCAGUGGUUGGUGAAGUACCCCAGGGUCUUCCAAAGUUCUCGAUUCCUAGAGGAUUUCAGCAUGUGAAAUCUCUACUUUUAACUGCAGCUCUUAUUACUGGUGUGGCCAUUUUGGAAUCUGUGGGGAUUGCUAAAGCUUUGGCUGCAAAGAAUGGUUAUGAGUUAGACUCGAAUCAAGAGUUGUUCGGUCUAGGUGUGGCAAAUAUUUGUGGAUCAUUCUUUUCUGCAUACCCUAUAACUGGUUCUUUUUCUAGGUCAGCGGUAAAUCAUGAGAGUGGGGCCAAAACUGGAUUAUCUGGAAUUACAAUGGGCAUUAUAAUGGGAUGUGCUCUUUUGUUUAUGACACCAUUGUUUAGUGAAAUACCUCAGUGUGCCCUAGCUGCAAUUGUGAUAUCCGCUGUAAUGGGCCUGGUGGAUUAUGAAGAAGCCUUGUUCCUUUGGCGUGUAGAUAAGAAAGAUUUUCUUCUCUGGACAAUCACUUGCAUUGCAACAUUAAUCUUUGGUAUUGAGAUUGGUGUUGUUAUUGGGGUCGGCUUCUCGCUUGCAUUCGUUAUCCAUGAAUCAGCAAAUCCACAUACAGCUGUAUUGGGCCGUCUUCCUGGAACAACUGUUUACAGAAAUAUUCUGCAGUAUCCUGAAGCAUAUACAUAUAAUGGAAUAGUCGUAGUUCGAAUUGAUGCACCUAUCUAUUUUGCAAACAUCAGCCAUAUCAAGGACAGGCUACAGGAAUAUGAACAUAAUCUUUCUGGGACAGCAAACCGCGGACUGGAUGUUGGAAGAAUUUAUUUUGUGAUCCUUGAGAUGUCACCUGUUACAUAUAUAGACUCCAGUGCUGUUCAAGCCCUCAAAGACCUGCAUCAGGAGUACAAUUCACGUGGCAUCCAGAUUGCAAUUGCAAAUCCAAACCCGGAAGUUGCUCGGUUACUCUCAAGAUCUGGCCUUAUAGACCUGAUUGGGAAGGAAUGGUGGUUUGUGAGGGUCCAUGAUGCUGUACAAGUUUGCCUACAACAUGUGCAGAACCUGAAUGGGAUUACUCCUGAGGCAGCAAACAAGACUCCUAGGAGGCAGCUGAGUUUCCUGCAGAGCCUAUGGAAACAUGAAGGUGGAGGCAACUUCAUGGUGGAGCCCCUCCUCCCUCAAAAGCAAGUAUAAGCGUCUAUUCCUAUAGAAAGGUGCAAUCCUGCUAGAGGAGGGAUUCACGGGACACUGGAACCAGCAUAGAAACUCAUGAAUUUAUUCAGAUUGGGCUUUUUACCUAGGAAAUCUAGGAGGCCUUUGUAUCCAGCCUUUAAAGCUUCUUUAGUUUUAUCUUUUUUUCUAUUCC